CUCGCGCAUCCCAUAUCAGAACAGUUCUUUCUGCAUAGCAUCUCAAGACAUCACAAUUCUAAGCCUCCACCGCUCUGAGCGUUGCCUUAAAGAGUUGCCUAGUGCUCAACUCCUGUCUCCUUCCUUCCCAACUCUCAGCAACUCAGAUGCGCAGACGAUAUCUUAUGUCCGACACAUCGCAUAUCAGCCAUAUCUGAUUGAUUCUUCUCCAAUAUGUGGCUUGUUGGCUUUCUUUUCCCACCUCUUGGCACCUCAGCCCCAGUCUCGAACCUUAUAUAUCACGCGCAUACUUCUGAGUCCUAUAUCUGUGUUGAGACUGGACUCUCCUUGUGAGCAGGACUCUGGUUAUUCGUCCUUAUAUUAAUAUAAGUCUACUGCUUCCUUCCCUUCAUUUACAAAAAAAGCAAGCUCUCUCACAAAACCACUCAUCAACCUUCACAGCCACCAGCACCUCCUCCCAUCACCAUGUCUUCCCUCCCCGCCCCACCUUCCCUCGACGCCAGCGACUUCCUCUCAAUCGGCGACCGCCUCGGCGGCAAAAAAAUCGACGCAGCCAUAGACCGAGCCCGCACCUCCUCGAUCCCCGCUCAAGGCACCCAAACCGGCGGUUUCUCCCCCUCAUACCAGCACCUCUCACACAUCCCGCUCUUCCCCCUCUACCACGCCUCUCAAACUGAAGCUUUGGAAAAAGCCCAGUCCCAAAAAGAACGCAAGUUAAAAUAUUACCAACCGCCCACGAAAGAGAAUCCAGGGACGAAAUUGCUGUUUAGUGCCAUGAGCGCGCUAGGUGGGGGUGCUAAUCCGAUGAGUAUGAAGAAGUGGGAGAAUAGACUGAAAGGCGUGGGAGCGGUUACCACGCAGUGGACUAUGGAGCAGAGCCAUGGCUUGGUGUUCACGAGGUGGACUGCCCCUGGAGGAGAAGUGUGGUUUAUCGAUAUGUUGGAGUGGAAGGCGGCAGUUGGCGGGUCGCAGAUUUUCGUCAAGGUUGGGAGGGAGGGGGUGACGUAUAGGGUUUUUGGAGAGACGGUGAAGGGGAAGGUGGGGAAGUGCUGGACGAAGAGGUUCUGGAAGGCGAGGGAGUGUGAUGGGGUGGUUUGGGUGAGAGGGGAUGGAGAGGAGGUGCAGAUGGAGGUUGUGGCUAGGAUUGAGAGGCCGUGUGCUGCGAUGGAGGCUAGGGCUAGUUUUAAGAUCUUUGAUAAGCAGUGGGUUGUGCCUGUUGUUAGUGGUGGGGCGUGUUGAUUUUAGAGGUAUGCUGGUUUAUGAUGUGGUUACAGUUCCUUAACGUGAAUAUAAUGCGAAUACGAAUGUUUUUGUGG